CUUGUGCUUUCACUCUCUGCAAGCCAAGCUGAAAAGGAGGAGGUGGAUUCGAGAUCGAUCUAUGUUGGUAAUGUGGACUAUGCUUGCACUCCUGAGGAAGUGCAACAACAUUUUCAGUCUUGUGGGACUGUAAACAGAGUAACAAUUUUAACAGACAAGUUUGGUCAGCCCAAGGGAUUUGCAUAUGUGGAAUUUGUUGAAGUAGAGGCUGUUCAGAAUGCUCUGCUGUUGAAUGAAUCGGAAUUGCAUGGUCGUCAGUUAAAGGUGUCAGCUAAAAGGACCAAUGUACCAGGAAUGAAACAGUACCGGGGUCGUCGAGCAAGCCCAUAUAUGGGCUUUCGAUCACGAAGGCCUUACAUGCCACCUCCAUUUUAUGCUCCUUUUGCAUAUGGGAAAGCUCCGAGGUUCAGGAGGCCAACACGCUACAGACCAUACUACUGAAGGGAACUGUACCAUUAUCCUCCUCUUUUGGGCCUUGUUGAUCAUUGUUUUAUUUUAUUCGGAAAUUGGAUCGCUGACUCAAAAGUGGAAGAGGGUAUCAUUUUUCUCUGCAGAACCGAAGAUUUCUCCCUAGUCAUUCUCACUUUGGGCACUUGAGAAAUGCUCUAUUCUUAUUGCAUGCAUUUUUCAAGGGCAACACUUCUCUUGUAACUUUACUACUUCCCGCGAGCUGCUCUGCAGUCCCCGCUCAAUCAGAUACCGUGUUUGUGUCAGGAGCUUCUUUAAUAUUAGACAGAUUCGUAGAUUUUGAGUCUUUGUUUCUCUUUGCUGAUUGAACUUAGACCAAGUAUCAUUUGGGACGUGUACUUUAUGAUUUUUUUUAUUAGUAAUAUGGAAAGAGCAACUUAAAAGGGAAAUUUUGAUA